CUUGAGUGUAGUCUAGCCAAGUGCAGUUGUGUUGAUUACUCUAAUGAUCUUUCACGUUUACAAGUGACACGAAUCUUGAACUAUUAUAGUGAACUUCUGUUUUAAAAAAGUGACAAGGAUCCUGUGAUUUUUAUCAGCGAGUUUCCCUGCUUACAAGUGACACGGAUUUUGAGGUUUCCAUAAGAGAAUAUUAACACUUACCAGUGACAUCAGUUCUGAUAAAUUCAAUCACCUGUUUUCGCUUGUUGUCUUCAAUCUCUUGAAAAUGUACCAAACAACGCAACCCAUGUAUCAGGGCCAUUGGCAGCAAAAUUAUUAUACUGGUUACCAACCUGUGCAAAGUCCACAAUACAUUCACUACGACAACAACAACAAUAAUUAUUAUGAUUAUGGCUACAAUAGAAGAGUGCUGUCGUCUACUUCAUCCUCAAUGGAUUCGCUGAACGACCCAUAUUAUUAUUCGUAUCCUGCAACGACGAUGCCGCAAGCUCCAGAUUAUCGUCAGAUAUCAUCACCUGAGCUGGCUUAUUAUAGUCAUCCAGUAUCUCCAAUUUACUCUUCAGUACCAUCUCCAUGUUAUUCGCCACAGCCAUCAAGUUAUUCACCACAACCAUUAAGUUAUUCACCACAACCAUUAAGUUAUUCGCCACAACUAUCAAGUUAUUCGUCACAACUAUCAAGUUAUUCGCCACAACCAUCAAGUUAUUCGCCACAACCACCCACUUAUCCGCCACAGCCAUCAAGUAUUUCGUCACAACCACCCACUUAUCCGCUACAGCCACCAACUUAUUCAACUCAACCACCAACUUAUUCUCCACUACCUCCAUCAUAUCCAUCAACAAUGCCUUACAUAAGCUCGAACUCAUUCUACCCAGUGCAACCUAUCAAUUACACGAAAACCAUGCGAACCAUACCAAAAUCUCCAAGUCAACCAAAAGACAACCAGGAUAAAGGAUUCUACAUUGGAAUGAAGCCUACGGAACGAUUGCAAUGGAUUCGAGAAACUUUCCCCAAACAACCACUCCCAACCAAAACUCCAACCAAAACUCCAACCAAAACUCCUACCAAAACUCCUACCAAAACUCCUACCAAAACUCCAACCAAGACACCACAAACAUUAUGGGAAUCAGCUGCUCCAGUUAAACCUCUGCGUCGACCAUAUAAGUCUACCAUCAAAAGUUAAACUAGGUAUUAAAUAAUACUUUAUGCGUUUCAUAUCAUCAAAUUUAGUCAGCUGAAGUUAUAUUGUUCAUUGCAAUUAACUAUCAGAUAAUUUUUUAUCUUACUUCUGUGAUCAAUUUGCAAUUUUAUCAUAAAAAUUGUCAUUAUGUCCGAGUAAAAACAUUCAAAUAUUAUUGAGAUUUUCACCUAGUGAUAAAUUUCAAUAAUUGUUUUGAUUGAUGAUUAAUAUCUAAUCGAGCUAAAUUUAUUCUUGUUGAAAUGUAUUUCUAUUUUAAUAUUUACAUAUGAUAAUGUUUCGAGAAUAAUUUAAAGUGUUAAACAAUUCAGACGAAACAAUUUUGAAUCAAAUUAAUCAUCGUUAAAUAUUUAACUCGUAGAAUUAUUAUGAAUAUUUUGCAAACAUUGAAAAUGUUCCAUUCCAAACAAAUUUGAAAUUGCAAUAAUUGCUUGGUUCAGACGAUAACAGUGGUCACUAUAGUAGUUAGAGUAGAAAUCUACGUUAGCGGCAUUAAUUAAUUAUCUUGAGUUGGUAUAUCAGUCAAUAGAAUGAAACCUACUAUUCCGACUAUUAAUACUUGCAUUAUAAAUUAUUUUUGGCGGCUGAUUACAUAAAUCUUUUAAUAUUUUGACAUUGUUGCUAAAUAAUUAAUAAUUUAAUUUAAAUUAACAAAUAUUACAGUAUUUUUCCAAAUAACAUGACUGAAUUUACAUAGAGACGAAUAAGAUUUUUUUAUGCUUAGAUUUUUUUAAUUUUCAACUUGAGAGAUGAAUUAUUUAAAGUUAAUUCAAUAAUAAUAAAAAAUUUUAAAGAUGUAAUUAUUUUAAAUGUUCAAAGAUGAGUUAAUGAAGUUGAAAUUUAAUCGAAAUUGUGUAGGGAAUAAUUCUCUGAUAGUUUAAAUAAGUAUGUAUAUUUUAUUUAUUUAUUUGUCUGACCAAAGUUAUUCAUAAAAUCUUUAAUACAUACACAUAUGUAUCUUUGUGAUAUAACUUGCAUCGAUGAUUUAUGCAUAUCGAAAGUUUUAGGUUCAUGUAAUAAAUAACUACUUAUAUUUAAGACUGUAAAAAAU